GACUCAGUCCCCGGCUCAAUCACUCUGACAAGCCGGUGGAGAGGCGAAAGCAGCCUCGGAGCAACGAUGAUGGAGCGUCUAUAAGAGAUAACAGAAGAAAAAAAGGCAUAAGAAAACAAAACAAAGAAACUACAAGACCAAAGAAGCCAAACCAUAACCAUGCAAUCUAAAAACAGACGAAUUUGAGCCGGCGCUGCUUCUUUCUUCAAGGUUACACCGGCCCUACGUCUUCUGUUCGCAGCUCAGCUGUAGAUAUGAUGUCCGCAGAGGAGCAGGGAUACCCCGCAGCCACGCUGCUGGAGGCCGGGCCGGAGUGGCUGCGGGCCGAGGUCGAGCGUCUUUCCCGGGAGCUGAGCGAGACCACCAGCGAGAAGAUCCAGGCGGCGGAGUACGGGCUGGCGGUGCUGGAGGAGAAGCAGCAGCUCAAGCAGCAGUACGACGACCUGGAGAUGGAGUAUGAGGCUGUCAGACAGGAGAUGGACCUACUGAAAGAGGCAUUUGGACAAGCUUAUACCAACCACAGGAAGGUGGCAGCAGAUGGGGAAAGCCGGGAGGAGUCUCUGAUCCAGGAGUCAGCUUUUAAGGAGGCCUAUUACGAGCAGAGAGUUCUUGAGCUGCAGAAUGAGCUGCGGCAGACGCGCAACAUCCUGACCAAUACCCAGUCUGAGAACGAACGCCUUGUUGCCAUCUCCCAGGAAAUGAAAGAGAACAGCGAGGUGGUGGAGCUCCAGAGGAAUCAGCUGCGUGAUGACAUCAAGGAGUACAAGUUCAGGGAGGGCCGCCUGCUGCAGGACUACACAGAGCUGGAGGAGGAGAACAUCUCUCUACAGAAGCAGGUCUCCGUGCUCAAACAGAGUCAGGUGGAGUUUGAGGGUUUGAAGCAUGAAAUCCGUCGCCUAGAAGAAGACACCCAGUUCCUGAACAGCCAGCUGGAGGACGCCAUCCGCCUGAAGGAAAUCGCUGAGCGUCAGUUGGGUGAGGCUCUGGAGACCAUCAAGACUGAGCGGGAGCUCAAGGCCUCACUGAGAAAAGAGCUCUCCAACUACAUGAACAUCGGAGACACUCUGUAUCAAAGUCCACUGAGCAUUUCGCUUGAUGCCCUGAAGUUCAGCGACGAUGCUACCACCGAACCCAACAACGACGAGGCUCUGCUGGGAUUGGAGAACAGCUUCACCAAACUGGCCAACACCAUCAAUGAGGACAACCGCAACCCCACAGCUAAGAACGAGGACCUCUUUUGUCCGGUGCCCAGCCUGGUUGACGACCUGCUCAGCGAACUGAACAUCUCGGAAAUCCAGAAGCUUAAACAGCAACUAAUGCAGAUGGAGCGGGAGAAGGUCAACCUGCUUUCCAAUCUGCAGGACUCCCAGAAACAGCUGGAGCAGGCCAACGGGGCUCUGUCAGAGCAUCAGGAGAAGGUCAGCCGCCUCACAGAGAACCUCAACGCCAUCCGGAAACUCCAAGCCAGCAAAGAGCGCCAGUCCGCUUUGGACAACGAGAAAGAGCGGGACAGCCAUGAGGAUGGAGACUACUAUGAGGUGGACAUUAACGGACCAGAAAUCCUGGAGUGCAAGUACAAGGUGGCCGUGUCUGAAGCAGGGGAGCUGAAGGAGGAACUGAAGACUCUAAAAGCUGAAUACCAGGCCUGUCAGUCACGCUACGAGGAAGAGCGCAGCCGUCUGGAGAAUGACGUCAGGUCUCUGGGAGACAAACUGUCCAAUCUGGAGAGGACUACAUCUGCAGAGAGAGAGGAGAAGGCUAAGCUGGAGAAAGAACUGCGCAAGCUGAGCGAUGUGGCAGGCGAGUCCCAGGGCAGUCUGAGUGUUGCCCAGGAUGAGCUGGUAACAUUCAGCGAAGAACUGGCCACUCUCUACAACCACGUCUGCAUGUGCAACAACGAGACCCCCAACAGAGUUAUGCUGGACUUCUACAAAGAGGGCAAGGGUGGUCGGAGCAGCCCUGAGGGCCGUGGUCGCCGCUCUCCUAUCCUGCUCACCAAGGGUCUCUUCCCAGAGCACGGGAGGGCCGACCUCAGCGACGGAGCUCCCUCGCCCGUCUCCUCUCUACCUUCCCCUGUGUCUGACCACCGCAGAGAACCCAUGAACAUCUACAAUCUGGUAGCGAUCAUCAGAGACCAGAUCAAGCACCUGCAGCUGGCUGUGGAUCGCACCACAGAGCUGUCCCGCCAGAGGGUAGCAUCUCUGGAACUCGGCACCGUGGCUGACAAGGACAAGGAGGCCUGCAUGGAGGAGAUCCUCAAGCUGAAAUCUCUGCUGAGCACCAAGCGGGAGCAGAUCGCUACUCUGCGGACUGUCCUCAAGGCCAACAAGCAGUCGGCUGAAGUGGCUUUGGCCAACCUGAAGAGCAAGUACGAGAACGAGAAGGCCAUGGUGACGGAGACCAUGAUGAAGCUGAGGAAUGAGCUGAAGGCUCUGAAGGAAGAUGCCGCCACCUUUUCCUCUCUGCGAGCUAUGUUUGCCACACGCUGCGAUGAAUAUGUCACCCAGCUGGAAGAAAUGCAGAGGCAGCUGGCUGCAGCCGAGGACGAAAAGAAGACCCUCAACUCCUUGCUGCGGAUGGCCAUCCAGCAGAAGCUGGCCCUGACGCAGCGCCUGGAAGACCUGGAGUUCGACCACGAGCAAACCCGCCGCGGUGGCAACACAGGGCGGGCUAAGGCUCGCAGCAAGGCGGCCAGCGGCGCCGCCUCCACCAACCCACACGUAAGUCAGAGUCUGACCUGCUCUGGCUCCGGGCGACCUGAGCUCAACAAUGCCAUGCCCAACGGCAUCCUGGGAGGUCCCGCCAUGUUCUGCAGCGAGAAGUACAAGAUCUACUGUGACUGAGAGGCGACUCGGACGUCCAUGUAGACUGCUGUGUACAGAGGGCUGGGCGGGGGGGGCCAACCCUCCCUCCCAUUAGUCUUUAAGAGCCCCACUUGCUCGCUUCGCUCCCCGGCCAGCCUGCGCUCCUCUAGGGACUGCUGUGUCACUAACCGGCUGUUCGUCUGUGCUUGUGUAACCGCUUAGGGGAAUGCCGAUAUAUGUACAGUGUGCUGUGGACUGUAGUAGACAUAUUGGCAUGUGGGGUAAAGGGCCCUGGUUAUAAUUGGGGGGGUUGGGUGGAUAUUAUGGAGUGUCUAUUCUUUCCGCUGUCAUGGUGCUGUACCUAUGAUUUAAAAGGUGGCAGCUUCUGUGUUUAUCUGUUCUGGCCCCCUGGUUGGCUUGCCCGGUAACAUAAACACAUUGUGGUGGUGGCAUAUAAAGAGGAUGUCAGACCCAACGACAUCCUCUGUUUGGCGUGUCAGUCGGUGCUCCUUUGACCAAUAAAGCCCCUAACUUCUUCCCCUUUCUCUCCAUCCUGAUCCAGGACUCCAGUAUCUGGCAGGCGCAUUUUUAUAAUAAAGUGACUGAUGUUUACAAGAAAAUCAACUAAAAUAUGCAAGCUCCCUCUGCUUCAUAGCUAAGAGAGCCUCAAAAUGGAUCUGUGUACCAAUCUGAACUCAGAAAGGGGUAUCUUCUUGAUUUUAUAAUGAGAUAUUUUGGGCUAGAAAAAAGAAAGGAGCACCUUUGACCGUGGGUGUUUAUUUCAGGAUCAGUUUAAAGCUGUGACCUUAGUGCAACAGUACAAUAACUAGGAUCGCAUGGCUUCACAGCUGAAAAUGCUUCAGAGAAAAUCUUCCUGUUAUUUUCUGUUAUAAGAUGAACUGCAGGGCUCUAGAUUGCAAAAAUCCCGGUUAAUUGGUGUAAGGUGAAACACUGGAGGUCUGUGUGCUCCACGCGACCCCCGACACGUCGCCGUGGGUCCCAUCAGAGCCAUAUCCCAAGAGAGAGAAGGAGAACGUUUGACAAAUCGAUCUUUGCAUCCAAAUUUUAAGUGCACUUCAACAUAGGUGCCUCAGGUUACUUCUUCUGUUUUGCUGUGAACAGAGAUAUGAUAUAGUUUUGUUCAAAAGCUAUUUUUUAAUGAAUCUGCUCAUUCUGGAAGAGCACAAAUUAUUUCAAGAGCAAGGUCCUCAAAUCUGGAUAAAGCAAAACUGGCCGGCAGCUCGGCGAAAGUGCCUGUGGACACAAACAUUUGGUGUAUUUCUGUGUUAAUCAUGCAAAGCCCUGUGCUCAUGUCUUAGCGCUCCCCCACUCAUUUAUCGCUUCCCUGCUCAAACUGUGGGAGAUCGCUCAACACCUUCCAAUCUCAUAUAGGACAUGUAGCUGGAUAGGCAUGGGCUAGUUCAAGAUUCUCAUCGACUUUGAGUAAAAAUACCAGAAAACAUAAAAGAAACUAAACAUGUUGGUCAAACUCUUGAGGAAAUGAGAAUAACAUUGGCUAUUUCUUUUUUUUUGUUUAAAGCAAAAAAUCACCUAUUUUGCCCCAUAACAGCUAAAAACUAUAAUAAAUUAUUAAUUUCAGCAUCAACAGUUUCCCUGAAGCUAAAAUUAGCUGGAUAAUUAGUCAGGCUAUCUGCUCUGGUAGCCAAGCAGCAGGUUUUGUUUUGAAGACACCAGCUCUGUGAAACCUGCAGCAGAUUCGCUGCUCUAUGCUCCAUACGAUUGGAAAACUGUCCUUCCCUGGCGAAUCUUUAAAGAGACUUCCACCCAUAGAAAAAAUAUGAUGAAGCAAUUUUUAAAAUUAGGACAUAGAGUCUGUAACAGGCCCAUGCCUAUGGCUAAAAGGAAAGAAAAGCUUUCCUCUUGUCUCUGAUUUCAGUGUCUUGUUAGCGAUAACCACCUUCUCUCUUGUAGAUUGUCAGCAGCUUGCUCCCUCAGCAUCACCACUCACCCUUUAACUAGAAAGAGGACAUGUGGAGAAAUAUAUCUGUCAGGUAACGUCCUCGCGUUAUGCUCUGUAUAUCUCAGUGUUGAAAUGAAGAGGCUCUUGUGUGUAUGUGUGUGUGUGCGGGUGCACGCUGUUUUUUUUUCUUUCUGUUUUUAACCAUUUUCACUACGGGCCUCUCAUUUCUGUGUCGUUUAGCGUGCGUGGACGACACUGCGCAAUGUUUUUAGUAUUUACAAUAGCUUUAAACUAUUGCAAGCUAGUAUUAAGCAAAUAGUUAAAGAAAUAAUAAAAGUGGGGCUUAUGUUUAUUAAAUCCAUGUAAUGCUUGUGGAUCAUAAACGUUUUUUCCGCUUUAUGAUGUUAAAAGCAGGGUUGAUGGACGAUGAUCCUGCAAGAUUUUGUAAAAUUUUACAAUUUUCUAACUCUACAAAGCUCUAUAUUAAACUAUAUUCUUGAUAUAAUUCUUCAGGUUGUGAUCUUGCAGGAUUCGACAGUAUUCUUAUAUCUUUAAUGCAAUGCAAUGUGGAUUGAUUUCUUCGAAAAUGAAAAACUGUGUGUGAUCAACCCUGCUUGAGCGUGCAUCUGUAGGCCACAGCACAAAAAGCAUGGACUCAAGGCUGUUGUACAACUUAAUGAAAAAAGAACCUUUGGGGUCGGUUACUACUGUUUUAUAAUCACAUUUAAGUACAAUACAUUCUGUUUCUUUCAGUUUGUGCUGAAAAGAAGGGAGACUUACAUUUGUUAAAUGGGAAAACCAGGUGUCUAAUGUGGUGAAGAAAUAAGUCCAGGAUUUUCCAGGGGGUAGAAACUCCUGGUGAUAUUUAGAAACUGAUUAAUAGACAUUGAUUCAAAUGAUCUAUUCCUCACCCUUGUGUAGGCUUUGUGGUUUUCACUGAGCUUUAAAUAGACCUCGGGAUGUGAUCGUGACUAGAAAUCCUUAGAUAGACGAGCCUCGACUUUUCCCUUUCUAGAUUGAAAUCAAUGUCUUGAACUGAUGCGGCGUCAUUACGAAAUGGCGCCUCUGCAGCUCCUCCUACCUCCGCCUGCAGGCUUCUCCCUCAUCACCUCUGAGUUUCUCACACAUCCUGUUUCUGUUUAUUAAAGCCUGCAUGUGUAAACAUUACUCAUUUUUAUUAACCUGCAUGGCACAUGAGAAAGACCCCCUCUCUCUGUGACCAAAGUGGCUUCAUCGCUGUCCUCAGAAAAAAGGUUCACAGUACUUGUGACAUGUUUUGGCUUCCUAUCUCUAUCAGGAUUCUCUGCAGUGAAUGUGCACAUCUGCAACAACUAUUUAUUUAAAAAAAAACCUCCAGAUUGACCAUUAUUUGGCUUUCAGUGCUUAUUAUCAUCUUCUGCUGCUUUGAUUAACAUCAGCUCAGCUUUUUUAACAGCCGUCCUCAGACUACCUGAACACUAACGAUGCUGAUAAUACCCUUGUUUCUCCAUUUUGCAGUAAUUAUAUGGUAAUUCCUCGAGGACGGCGGAGUGCCAGCACAAAGUUCCUUUUCGCAUCUGCAAAAACUGUUAGAAAUGUAGCUGAUUUGAACCGGAAGACAAAAAAACUAGCUGGACUUCUACGUCAGAACGCUCAAAUGUGGCACAUCAACUCUAAUAAUUGUGCGUCGCUGCUGGAAGCAAACUUCUCACAAGUCUGGAGAACGUUCUGAAUGAGGCUAAGAUGAAAUAAUCUAACCAUCCUAUCAGAAGCCAGGGGACAUCUGGUUGUUUCUUAUUGUAAACAAGCUGUUUUUAUUUUAGUUUUUUUUUCUCAAUGUGCACUUUGAUUAUAUAGGAUUAUAACAUUAUUAUUAUUAACCUAAUAGGAAAGCGUGGUAGUACUAUGGUUUGUGAGUUAACAAAUAUAGGAUAAACACAAAUUAGAUAUACUAAUUACUUGAGUAAACGUUCCACAAACCAUAAUAGUACUACGACGAGUCUGUGCUCAAGAUUUUAUCCAUCAAGUAACCAUUCUUAACUUGUUUUGUUACGUUUUGACAUGUUAUAAUGUUUUGGGUUUUUUAUAUGUUUUGGUUUGUUCUACUGCCAUUGUCUAUGUAAAAAAAAAAAUCCAGGGUGAUCCAAUUCUGGGGUUUUUCAUGUAUUUAUUAUUCCUAGGAAUAGUUCAAAACAAAUUAUCUGCAAUGAAACUUGACAACACUCUGACUCCAAUGGGUAAGUUUUGUUCGGGAAAUGAAAUUUAAGUUGGCGUGAUCAGGUUGUUGUUGUUUUUUUUUGUCUUUUCUGAGCUUCUUACCGAAGAAGUUCCUUCAAAACUGAUCACUGGCCUUCAGAAUUCUCUGCAAGUUGCAUCUAUUAAAUUCCAAAUUGGAAUUGUUUCGUUCACUCUUUGUUUAUCGUGCCAAAUGUUGGCACACCGUUUAGGUCGAAAAAGAAUCGAGACUUGGGAAGAAGAAGACGGGGUCUCCUUAUGAGCACCUGGGCUUUAGGGUUUUUGUGUUCUGUUGGUUUGUUUAGCUCUUCGUUUCUGACCAGUAGUGCCUUUCAUUGUUUCAAGGGUGAAUCUUAGGUUAGGAUUUUAUCUUUCUUUUAUAGGCGAGGAAUUUGGCGUUUGAAGCGACUGUGAGCAGCAAUAAAAGCAAAACGUUUUAGCCCCCUUUUUUCUGCAAAGAGUGAGGUAAUAGUUUUAAAAUUAGCUUAACUAUAAUUGUAUUGAAUUUUGCAGGUCAGUGAUCAAAACAAGUAAUUCAGGGGUAUCGAGAAAAGUUUUUUUUUAUCAAACUUUGGGAACCAAAUGAUUCCUUUGGCCUCCUGUUGUUGAACUAAAUGUGCUGGAGGGUAGUAGGGUGUACAAUUGGAAACAUCUACGCACCUCUAGCUUUGUUUGGUGAAGGUAAUGUGAUCUUAAUAGUAUUGUUGGGGGGAAAAAAAUGUGCAGCAAGCACACUUUUUUUUCUUUUUUUUCUUUUUCUUUUUACGUUGUUUUUUAUUAUUAUUUCUAUUGAACCUUUUUUUUUACGUCAUGUUAUGAACAUUUACGUUUUCAGUAAACAGAAAACAAAACAUAGCAUCAACAAGCUUGAACAGUGCCAUUCCAGCCAAGGCUUGUUUGUUGAGGCUUUAAAAGUUACCAAUAUGGAAGAAAAAAAAAAAAAGGCUUAACGAUUAAAGUGCAAUUCAGAUACUGUUUUACGUUUUUGUUUGAAACUGAAAAGUUUUCUGUUUGCUGGAAGGUUUAGCAUUGUGAUAAUAAAAUUAGCAGUGCAAGCUAUUGUCUUUCAGUAUUGAUCCAUAAGAGUUUGAUAUCUUUAUAUAAAAUAACUACUUCACCUGUACGUUGGUAUUUAUUUGAGCUGUCAUGCAGUACUGUAUUCUUAUCAAUAAUGUUCAUUAUGAAAAGUGGCAUAUUGAUUCCAGCUAAAUGUCAUUAUGCAUGUUCCUCAGUCAUGGGACCUUUACACAGGGUUGAAAACAAACAUGUAGAGUUUUGCCCAGGAUGUUUUGAAAGAAAUAUGGUGGGGGGAAAAUUAUAGGAAAAAAAAUGAAUUGAGUUUGAGGUAUUACUGCUGAAAUAAUUCUGUAAAAGUGUUUGUUUUCUAGCUGAGAGUUGGGGUGACUGUGUAAGGGGAGUCAUACUGGUUGAAAUCAAUAAAUGUGACUAAGUUCCA